AUGGAGACCGGGCUCAUGAACCACCAGGCGGAGGCCUUUGUCCACCCGCUGUCCAACCCGGGCGCCGCUGGGAUCUGCCCAGAGAUGCUUGAGGUUGCGGAGGAGGCCAACCGUGCUGGAGACUACGCCCUUGCCGCAGAGAUCUACGGCUCGCAGCUUCAGGACCUUCAGCAGCCCGACCGUGGCCUCUGUCUGCGCAGGGCAGACUCGCUGGCCAGGGCGGGCCGCAUAUCCGAGGCUCUAGAGGGGUACUGCACCGCGGCAGGCAUAUGCAAGCUCCAGCCCCGCGAGCUGCCCCUGCUGGUGGAGACCAUAGCAAAGACUCUGCGCGAGAAGGAGCUAGGAGGAGCAUGGAGUAACGGAGGCCACGCAGACAAUGAAGAGUGUCCCAAAGAAGACGAAGCCCUGGACCUGUUCUCGUGCCGCCUGUGCCUCCGCCUCCUCCACGACCCCACCACGCUGGAGUGCGGCCACACGUUCUGCAAGCACUGCCUAGACGAGCGUGCGGCCCCUGACUGUACACUGUGCAUGGCCAAAGUGCCCAGCCAGAGCCCGCCAGCACCACAGCCGCCACGCCGCAUCAACGUGGUCCUAAGCGGCCUACUGGACAAACUCUUCUCCACUGAGAGCAAGGCACGUCGGCUCUGGGCCGAGGGCGAGCUGUUGUGGAGGAGCCGCAGCAUGAAGGAGGCUCUGGAGAAGUACAACGCCGCACUGGACCUGGCACCCUCCAGUGGUCGCCUCCUGGUACAACGUGCAGAGCUGCACAUGGAGAUGCUGAACUUCAGCCAGGCCGUACAGGACGCCAGCAGCCUGUGCUUCAUCUCACCACACUGGACCAAGGCCCAUUACCUAAAGGCCACGGCUCUGACCAAAGCGUCCCGGCCCGAUGAGGCGCUGCAGGAGUACUUCCUGUGUGUCGCCCUGAAGCCCGACUGGACCAAAGCCAAACUGGAGGCUCAGAAGGUGCUGAGCAAGCUGUUCUCGUCUGUGUUCGAGCGUGAGGACAUGCCCACGCCCCUACACCCUCUCCAGGGCGGUGCGGCCACUCGCCUCAUUAAGCCUGGAGCACUGCUGGGCUCUCUGCGGGGCCCUUCAUCCUCCUCAGCACAGGACUCUGAGCUGAGCCUGUGUAAAAGCUCUCCCGCUCUGGACUCUGACUCCCAAGACGCCGCCCCCAGCACCUCCAAGAGCCUGGCGAGCGUCCUGGCUGCUCUCCCUGCACCACCCGGUGUGCGCAAGAGGAAAUACAGUGGAGAAGGGACCUCCGGAGCUCCCUGCAAGCUGCUCAAACCUGAGGGAGGUGUUGCUGCUGCUGUGUGUGGGGGAAGGCUGGUCCCGGCCGAGCUGUUGGACAGUGGAGACCUGGAGUGCUCUCUCUGCAUGAGAUUGUUCUACGAACCGGUGACCACUCCCUGUGGACACACCUUCUGCCUCAAGUGUCUGGAGCGCUGCCUGGACCAUAACUCCAACUGCCCCUUGUGUAAGGAGAACCUGUCUGAGUACCUGGCCAAUCGCGGCUACAGCAUCACCCUGCUGAUGGAGGAGGUGCUUCAGCGAUACAUGGGCGACGAACUGGCGGACAGGAGGAAGAUCCACGAGGAGGAGAUGAAGGAGCUCUCCAACUUGAACCAGGAAGUGCCAAUCUUCGUGUGCACUAUGGCCUUUCCCACCAUCCCCUGCCCCCUGCACGUGUUUGAGCCGCGCUACAGGCUGAUGAUCCGCCGCUCCAUGGAGACGGGCACCAAGCAGUUUGGCAUGUGCAUCGCGGACGACCUUAAAGGCUUCGCCGACUACGGCUGCAUGCUCCAGGUGCGCGACGUGAAGAUCUUCCCAGACGGCCGCUCUGUGGUGGACACCAUCGGCGUGUCCCGCUUCAAAGUGCUGAGCCACGGCCAGAGGGACGGGUACCAUACGGCCAAGAUCGAGUACCUGGAGGACAAGAAGGUGGAGGGUGAGGAGCUUGUGGAGCUGCUCAAACUUCAUGAUGCAGUUUACGACCAGGCCAACAGCUGGUUCACCUCGCUGCGGGAUGACAUGAAGUGCCAGAUCCUCAGCCACUUUGGACAGCUCCCCACCAAGGACCCGGACCCCACGGCCAGUCCGAGUGGGCCGCCUUGGUGCUGGUGGUUGCUGGCCGUGCUGCCCCUGGAGAACCGGGCCCAGCUCACCAUCCUGGCCAUGGCCUCUCUGAAGGAGCGCCUCAUGGCCAUCCGUCGGGUUCUGAUCUUCGUGACCCGCAAGCGCCCGCGGUCCUGCUCUUUCAAAAGCAAAGCUCGCCUGACUCAUUGCUUGGACAAUUGCUUGGACAAACUGACCACGGAUGAAUGA